GUCAUCAUCAACUCGAAUCCGUUAAUCCCGUGUUAGCGAACUGGCUGAUGCGCUGCCCCUGACAACCUGCCUAACAACAAGACGGACAAGCUAACGACUGCAGGGGAUCCGCCAUUUCUGGGCCGACAGUAACAGCGAUCCGGUGCGUUUUUACAGCAAAGUAGUUGGAGGAACUUGUCGCAGUGGAUUCAUCCCAGCGUGCCGCCUGGAUUACCACACACAAGUGGAACAAUAGUCUCCUGCAGCAGAGGCACAAGCAGGCCUGUGGGCCCCGGUGGUGCUGUUGAGAAGAUGGACAGAAUGAAGAUAAUCAAGCGGAGGCUGUCCAUGUCUCUACGCAGCGCUCGGCCCGUCGAUGACUCCCUGUCUGAACUGGCUGAGCAGAUGGCGUUGGACGAGCCAUCCGCGGCCAGGGACAAUGGUGAGAGAUGCGAACAAGUGCAGUCGCACUCAGAGCCCAUGGUGGUGUGCGCCGUGCACCCUCCUGCCUCACACAGUGCUCCCUCCUUCCUGCGUCAAUAUGCCGGUCAUCUGGGCCGCACCGCCCUGCGCAGAGAGCUGGGUGGGGGGCUGGAAAGAGACAGAGCCUUCCUGAGCCUGCACAGGACUGGAUCUCUUGGUAUCGUCCAUGAGAAUGUGAAGAUGGGUUCAGACGGGGAGAGCGACCAGGCAUCUGGGACUUCUUCUGACGAGGUCCAGAGUCCAGUCAGGGUCCGUAUGAGGAACAACCACCAUCGGCGCAUCUCUAAUGAGGACAUAAACAAACGUCUGUCUCUCCCAGCUGAUAUCAGGCUACCGGAGGGCUACUUGGAGAAGUUUGCCAUGAACAGCCCGCCCUUUGACAAGCCCAUGAGCCGCAGGCUACGACGCGCUUCAUUGUCUGAAAUUGGCUUCGGGAAACUUGAGACUUACAUCAAACUGGACAAACUCGGGGAGGGGACCUAUGCUACAGUAUUCAAGGGGCGAAGCAAGUUAACUGACAACUUGGUCGCUCUGAAAGAGAUUCGACUGGAGCAUGAGGAGGGGGCGCCCUGCACAGCUAUCCGCGAAGUGUCUCUCCUGAAAGACUUGAAGCACGCCAAUAUUGUCACUCUCCAUGACAUUAUCCACACCGACAAGUGCCUGACACUCGUGUUUGAGUACCUGGAAAAAGAUCUGAAGCAGUACAUGGAUGACUGUGGAAGCAUCAUGAGCGUUCACAAUGUCAAGAUAUUCCUGUUCCAGCUGUUACGAGGUCUGGCGUACUGCCACAGGAGGAAGGUCCUUCACAGAGACCUCAAACCCCAGAACCUGCUCAUCAAUGAAAAAGGAGAGCUCAAACUAGCAGACUUUGGUUUGGCACGAGCCAAGUCUGUCCCUACGAAGACGUACUCAAAUGAAGUGGUGACAUUAUGGUACCGACCACCAGAUGUACUUCUAGGGUCCACUGAGUAUUCUACACCCAUCGAUAUGUGGGGUGUGGGCUGCAUCUUUUAUGAGAUGAUCACUGGCAGACCUCUCUUCCCUGGAUCGACUGUGGAGGAUGAGCUUCACCUCAUAUUCCGCAUCCUUGGUACUCCGACAGAAGAGACUUGGCCUGGCAUCACCACCAGUGAGGAGUUUAAGACAUACAAUUUCCCCCGUUAUCAAGCAGAGCCCCUCGUCAACCACGCACCCAGGAUAGACAACGACGGUCAUGAAUUGCUGUCUAUGCUUCUACAGUUUGAGGCAAAGAAGAGGGUCUCGGCUGAGGAUGCGCUCAGACAAUCGUAUUUCCGAACCUUUGGGGAGCAGGUUCAAACACUGGCAGACACUGCAUCCAUCUUCUCUGUAAAAGGCAUCCAGCUCCAGAAAGAUCCAGGGAAGAGAUCGUCAGUCUACCCAGAGUCAACCCAGGGGAAGAGCAGGAGGCAGAGUGUGUUGUUUUAGUGCUGGCGGGGGCGCUGAGGUGAGGAAGGACAGUGACACGUGGAGCCGUCCUGUCAGACAUACAUCCACUGACCCUGCCACACACACACUGAAGGAGCGAGACACACGCUGCCACACGAAAACACACACACACACACAGGACACACACUGAAGAAGAAAAACACACACAGGAACACGGAAACAAAAACCACACCGAACUAAAAGCUGAAGAAUUCAUGCGUAACUUAAUAAAACACACUUGGCUCGACCCUAAGGACAGAAACAAAUUUUAAACGAGAGAAGCGCUGGAAGAAAAGUGGGAGAGUACAAGAUUCUCCUUGCUGCUACUACCGCCGCUGUCCAGAAGAGGGCAGCAUUUGGGACGUGGGCUGACUGAACCGAACUUGCUGUAUCAGUGAGCUGAGGAAGGAGGAGUGAAAAGUGGACGCAAUUCGAAGGCAAAGAAAAAGAGAGGAAACCGCUUCUUCUGCUUUCCUUUGUUUUUUUGGUUUGUACAUAAAGAGACUGAGCUGUAGAACUCUGCUUUUUCAUAAUACGCCUCAGCCUGAAUCCAAACUCUGAAUAUUGCACCUCAACCCUGAAACCUUUGCCUAACCUCUCAGCCCUUUAUUACAUGACCCUUAAAACAAUACUCUCUCUCUCUCUUUCUGUAUCUCUCUUAAAUAUACAAACAACACACACACACACACACACACACACACACACACACACACACACACACACACAGAUGGCUCACUUGAAAGUUAUGAGUGUGCAGAUCAACAGAGUUUACAGAGAGAAACUUUAGCACCUUAUCGUCCAGUAGAGGUCAGGGUGGCUGUCAUUACCUCAUCAGUCACUCUUGCAGAGUAGGAAGUACUUUUUUUUUCUAGAUAGUAGAAUGAAGAAGAAUCAAAACAAUGAACCAAAAAAAAAGAAAACUCACUAACUGUAGGACAUAUUUACCUUCACUGACUGAAAUUGGACACUACAUUACGAUUAAAAAAAAAAAAAAAAAACAGAAACCCACACAUUUGUCACAUGCUGUAAAGAACACUAUGCUGCGAGACGCUCCUGUGUCAGUGCACAAGGAGGGUGACAUGUGAGAACAGAGAGGUAAAGGAAGUGUACAAAUCCUCGCCUGCUUAUCCGUAGACACCCCCUUCCUCUCCUGACUCAGAUGUUGUCUUGAUUUGUCGCGUGCUGUACAGGUGUUGAUGUUGAAAUGUUCCUUUUGCACCUGAUUUCUUUUUUUGAUUUAAUUUUUUUUUUACCUCCUUAGAUCAUGAGUAGAACAGUCAACAAUUCCCCACCCCACCCCCCGCGCCCCCCGAAAACCUCUCCUGCCCAACUCCACGAGCAUUUAUCCAUUUUAUUUGAAUUUUUUUCCGAUCUGUAUAUAUACGAGCAUACUUUUUACUUGUCAGAAGCAAUGAUAAUUCCAGGAUGCUGUUCUCGGUCUCUUACUGUGUUCCCACCGGAACAGUGUGGCGACUGGCUGGGGACAUGUUGCACAUUCCUUGAGCUCAGGACUUAAUUGCUAAUAUUGUUUUGUGGAUGCUGUGAGGUACAGCUGGUCUCGUAUGUCCACCCCCCCCCCCCCCCCCCCAGUAGAGCAGAGAGUAUGUCGACCAUGGCCCGAAACUCUUUUGCAAAGCUGGUUAGAACUGUAUGUGAAGUAGAAGAAGAAGAGGAAUCACUUCUCGGCAUCAUCCUGUCAGUCUCCUGUGUCGUUACUUUGAGCAUAAUAUUGCUGUUCAGCGACUACCUUACCCGUGUCUUUUCUUGUCAUCUCUUCAAGCAUGUUUGUGUACUACAACACAGCUGUUUUCAGUCGGUAUGUGAAAUAGCUGCUGCCGGAAAAAGGAAUACCUCCAGUUGGUUUAAAUCUUGCAUGGGACAUCCUUUUUUUUUUUUAAACACCACAUUAACCUGUAACGGCUCCUCGAUAAGAGAGGCCAUAAAUAAGAUGAAGUCAACACUGCGUAAGUGAUGUGCCGCCAGCAUUGGGACCAGACCGUUUGUACGACAAAUCGGACUCAAGCUCAAGCUGCACAGUACUGUUAUAACUGUUAGGUAGCCUGUUUAGCAGGACUCGAAACACUCAAACGCGCUGUUGUUUCCUGCUGUUAUCAUUACUGCCAGAAACAACAGGACCAAAGUCAGUCCUCCGAGCGCCUGGCCUUCAAGCACACAACUGUUUCACACACCAAUCAGUCGUCAUGUCAACAUGUACUGUAUCUAUACGAGAUGGCCUGUGAGCGUAGAUUUGGAGUUUCCUGUUCCUCGGGCACCGGCCUCGGGUCACUCCCGCAAUGGAUUCAGAAAGGGUGAAGUGAUCCGACGUCCGUGCCUGUCAGAAGGACUACUUAUUCACCCAGAGUGUGACAGUAUGUAGCAUGUACAUAGAUGAUCCCUCACUCUGUAUAUACAAGAAGUGUACAGGUUUGAUACAGCUAUUCACACUCUGGCUUUUUUUUUCUAGCUUUUUCUUUAAUGAAAGUCAUAGCAAUAUUUGUUUGAUCAAUAAAAAGCCAAGGUGAUAGGAUGA